AAUUACAUGUUUAAAAGAAGUUAGCUAUCAAGUCGACACAUAUAUACCAGUCUCUCCAAAUAAAUUCAGAAUCAAAAACAUUUGAAUAUAUAAAAAUGAAAUUCCGUUCGCUGAAGAAAAUCUGGCCGAAAAAGAAGAAGGAGCGACUACUCAUGCUAUUUAUUUUUUGCGUAGUGCCUGCGGUAUACAAAAUACUCAUGGAGAUAGUGCUGCCGGAGUUGUCCGAUUAUGGGACACCCAGUUACAUAUUUCAACGGGUGCUGGGACUGUUCCUCACCUCUAAUAUAUUGUCCAACUUUGUCAUGUGCAUACUGGUGGAUUCAACCAUCGAUCCCAAGCGAAUGAGGGAUCAAUUGGAGCACGGAAGACACAGUGAGGACUGGCACAAGUGCGAUGUGUGCCGGGUUUCGACACCACCCCGAGCAAGUCACUGCAAAUCCUGCGAUGUAUGUGUCCUUGGGCGAGACCAUCACUGCAUUGUUACAGGUUGCUGCAUCGGCCAUGCAAACUACAGAUACUUUUUCUAUUUUGUAAUCUACUUGUUUCUAAGCUGCCUGAUCUCUAUGAUAUCAUCUUUUAUCUUUAUAUGUGUGUUACGUGGAGGGAGACACAACUUCAGAUUGCUGCACAAUAUUCUAGGAUUCCGUUUUCUUAAAAACAAUGCCAAACUCGAUAUUUUUGACUUCGGAUAUCCUGCAAAAUACGAGCUUGUGUUUGCAGCUACAUUUGCUUUGAUUUGGAUCGGGAUUUGCGCAGCUGGUUACAUGAUUUUGGAGCAUUGGUCCGUCAUCAGAAAUGGAUCAAUAUGCUUCGAGUUUAAAUUUCAAAACUUUCUGUACAAGCAAGGAGUGCGCAGUAACUUGGAGUCGUUUUUGGGGAGGCGAAUGAAAUGGACCUGGAUUUCGCCGUUCAUACCAAGCCCACUGCCCCACGAUGGAUUCCAUUGGGAGCCCACAGAUGGGGAUAGAGGUGCUGGAGAUCGGGGCUUGGAAAAAAACAUCUAAUACUGAGAUUAUAUAUGGUUUUAUGUUCGAAAUUAUUGAUUGUGUUGCUAAAUAACUUUAACAAAAUUAAAUUAAAAUGUUAAAAUCAUU